AAGGGACAACCAAACCAAGUCGUAUGGUCCGAUGCACAAGAAAAGGCCUACAGCGCACUGAAAACAGAGCUUACGAGUUCGCCGAUCCUCCGACUGCCUGAUAACGCGAAACCAUUUACACUGAGAACUGAUGCAUCUGACACAGGACUCGGAGCGGUAUUAUUGCAGGAGCAUGAUGGUAAACUUUCGCCAGUUAGUUAUGCUAGCAGGAAACUAACGGAAAGCGAGAAGAAGUACAGUACGAUCGAGAGAGAGUGUCUCGCGGUAGUUUGGGCCGUCCGAAAGUUCCUGAUAUUCCUUUAUGGAACAGAGUUUACAUUGCAAACCGACCAUCAGCCUUUGGUCUAUUUGAAGACAGCGAAGUUUCUCAACGACAGAGUUAUGAGAUGGGCGAUGUUCUUGCAAAACUAUGGUAUUAAGAUUGAGUCUAUCAAAGGAGUCGACAACGUUGGUGCCGACUACCUCAGUAGAGUUUGUUAG